ACAGCUGAAAUGCAGCAAGAGCGGUUACUCAAAGUUCUUGUCAUUGGAGAUCUAGGUGUGGGGAAAACAUCGAUUAUAAAGCGUUAUGUUCAUCAGGUUUUUUCUCAACAUUACCGCACAACUAUUGGUGUAGACUUUGCUCUCAAAGUCUUGAACUGGGAUCACCGUACUGUCAUUCGUUUGCAGUUGUGGGACAUUGCGGGACAAGAGAGGUAUGGCAACAUGACACGCGUGUAUUACCGAGAGGCUGUAGGAGCACUAGUGGUUUUUGAUAUGACCCGCUCUUCCACCUUUCAAGCUGUGUUAAAAUGGAAAAAGGAUCUCGAUUCUAAAAUUGCCCUUGGCAAUGGACGUCCUCUGCCAGCUGUUCUGUUGGCCAACAAGUGUGAACAACAGUCAUACGGUUUAUGUUCUAAAUUGCCUAAACUCGACAACUUCUCAAGGGACCACGGCUUUGUCGGUUGGUACGAGACAUCUGCCAAGGACAACACAAAUAUUGAUGCAGCCAUCAUGUGUCUUGUAAAUAAUAUCAUGGCCAUUGAGAUGAAGGAGAUUCCAGCUGAAGCAGACCCCAGUGUACUGAUCCUGCCUGCCUUUGAUUAUAAUCUGCAAGAGCGCAGUGGCCCUAGCUGCUCUGUCUGCACCAAAUUCCACUCCAGCAGAAAACCCCACAGUGAAUUAUAGAGAGACGUUAAAAAAUUGAGAAAAGUGCAAGAGAGAAAACGGUCACACCCUUUGUUUGGUCUAGAUUGUGCUGAACUAAGCCAUUGUGGUAAAAACCAGACCAUGAAGCUUUAAACUCAGAUGCUAUUGCAGUACAAGUGCUGACAAUGUCAUCAAUAAAACAUGCAGCAUUUACCCAAAGUUUUCUCUGAUUAAUACUUUAUGUUUUACACUCAAAACUGUUCAUGUGGUUGUAACGCACAUUUGCCUUCUUUUUUUGUCUCUAUUAAAACCUUGCAAAAAAUAGUCUUCCAUUAAAAUGUUUAUGUAUUUGUGUGUUG